UUUCACCAAAAAAUAGAUAUAUGAAUUGUAACAUCCUCUGCUCUCUCCACCUUACAUCCACGCAUCAAAGUCUCUCUAAAUUAAUGCUGUUUCUUGAAUUUCAUACCACUUAUUACCAAAUAAAGCAAACGAAUCAGUCAAAACCAACAGGAAACAAGCGCUAAAAUCGUUUGGGACUUUCCACAAACACCUUUCUUCCUUCCUUAUAUAAGCUGUCAGCUUCUCACAAGGCUGGAAAUCUGCCGUGUUCUUCCAACACGGCUAUUCAUCCACCGCUGCCUCCGCUACAAACAGAGGUUCGUGGUGGUCUUUUUAUUUAUUCUUAUUUAAUAUUUUAUUUUACUUCUCCAAUCUUUGAUUAAUUGGAUUUUGUGUUCUUUUCUUUAAUCACCAAAUGAAUCUAAAAAGAUCAACAAGUUUAAUCAAAAUCGAAACUAACCCGACUUUUCUUCCUGCUGAUCCACCAUUUAUUAACUCCACCGCCAUGUUCUUUGAAAUCGACAAAAAUGGCACCGCCGUUGCCGCCACUCCUGAAGGGGCGCAACCUUACGUAUCUCGUCAAAUGUUCAUCCAUCCUCCCUCGCCGUUAAUCCCAUUCCCAUCGCCCUCGCCGUCUUCACCGGGGUCAAACAAUCGACGUCCGCUUCUGCGACGAAAGAGCCACUCUAUUUCCUCUAACCCAUACUACGGGGACCGGUUUGCGGAGUUCGCAGGAGGGACGACGGCAGAGUGCGCCGCCGUUUGCUGUUGCUGUCCAUGCGGAUUAGCAAACCUUUUAUAUCUGACUAUUUAUAAAGUGCCGGCUGGACUUUGCCGCCGUGCUUUAAGGAAGAAGAGGAGAAAGCAAUUGAUUAAAAAAGGGCUUUUACCGGCACGGGUAAAGCGGUGCUACUGCGGUUGUGAUGAUACGGAGUUACAGAUUCAUCCCGCUAACGGAUUUCAUGAUUCUCUUCAUAUUUUGAAGUCCGACGACGAUGAGUCGUCGGACGAGGAGGAAGAGGAAGCAAUGAUGAAGCUGGAGCAAGAGAUGUGGGAAACAUUUUAUGGUACUGGGUUUUGGAGAAGUCCUUCUCAGAAAGAGCCACCUACAAGGAGAAGUAAUGUCAGUAUAGAUUCACCUCAAGUUGUCAACACUAAACAACUUUAGGAGUCUAUAGAGCCUCCAAAUCUUGUUAAUUCCAACAACUGUUGAUGAUCAUGAUGAUGCUAUUGGAGAAGAGAAAGAGACUUCCAGUUCCAGGCAUGAAAAUGGCUGCCGGUGAUUAGAUUUAAGGGAAAUAUUGUAAAGAUUGGGUUUCCUUUGUUAAUUACUACUAUUAGUCUGAUUUUAUCAGACUUCUCUUGUAGUAACGAAAUCAAAUAUAUAUAUAUAUAUAUAUAUAUUGAGAUAUUAUUUAUGAAUGGAAAAUUAAUUACACAGAAAA